UCUCCUCUCCCGGUGAAGGGUGAAUAAACACGACUAUUUCCGUGAUGUGUUUCGUCAAUGUAGCCUCUCCCUCUUAACUCUCUCUCCUCUCUUCUCGCUCUUCUUCAAUCCUUCUUCUUCAAUCAUUUCUCUCUCUCUAGUCUCUUGAUUUUCUUUCUCCAGUCUCUUCCUUUUCUUUCUCUCCUUCCUGUUUGAUAUUGGUCUCAAGACCCAAUUCAGAUUGCUCUGACAUGGCUCCAUAUACUCCGAAGAACAUCCUCAUUACUGGGGCUGCCGGAUUCAUUGCAUCUCAUGUUGCUAACGGCCUGAUCCGGAAAUACCCCGAAUACAAUAUUGUUGUUCUUGACAAGCUUGAUUACUGUUCGAAUCUUAAAAAUCUAAACCCUUCUCGAUCAUCCCCAAAUUUCAAGUUUGUUAAGGGAGACAUUGGCAGUGCUGAUCUUGUCAAUUUCCUCCUUAUCACUGAAUCCAUUGACACAAUAAUGCACUUUGCAGCCCAGACCCAUGUUGAUAAUUCCUUUGGCAACAGCUUUGAAUUUACCAAAAACAACAUUUAUGGUACCCAUGUUCUUCUUGAGGCUUGCAAAGUCACCGGCCAGAUCAGAAGGUUUAUCCAUGUGAGCACCGAUGAGGUCUAUGGAGAAACAGAUGAGGAUGCCGUGGUAGGAAAUCACGAAGCUUCUCAACUCCUGCCUACAAACCCUUACUCAGCAACAAAAGCCGGGGCAGAAAUGCUUGUUAUGGCUUAUGGGAGAUCAUAUGGGUUACCUGUGAUUACCACUCGAGGAAACAAUGUUUAUGGCCCAAAUCAAUUUCCCGAAAAAUUAAUCCCAAAGUUUAUCCUCUUAGCUAUGCAAGGAAAGCCCCUUCCGAUUCAUGGUGAUGGUGCUAAUGUGCGGAGCUAUCUUUAUUGCGAGGAUGUUGCUGAGGCAUUCGAAGUUAUUCUUCAUAAGGGUGAAGUUGGUCAUGUCUACAAUAUUGGGACAAAGAAGGAAAGGAGAGUAACCGAUGUUGCCACGGAUAUAUGCAAGCUCUUUUCGAUGGACCCAAAAACAAGCAUUAAGUUUGUUGAGAACAGGCCGUUUAAUGACCAGAGGUACUUUCUUGAUGAUCAGAAGUUGAAGGUUUUGGGGUGGUCAGAGCGGACUACGUGGGAAGAGGGUUUGAAGAAGACAAUGGAAUGGUAUAUCAAUAACCCCAAUUGGUGGGGCGAUGUAUCUGGAGCUUUGCUUCCUCAUCCUAGAAUGCUUAUGAUGCCUGGUGGAGCCGAGAGACAUUUUGACGAGGCUGAAAAAUGCAGCAAUGGAUCGUCUCAUCUGUCAAGUUCUUCUAAUCAGAUCAAAAUGGUGGUACCAGUUUCCAAAGGCAGUGGCUCUCCUCGGAAACAACCCUUUAAAUUCUUGAUUUAUGGUAGGACCGGGUGGAUUGGAGGUCUACUGGGAAAGUUAUGUGAGAAACAAGGAAUUUCAUACGAGUAUGGAAAGGGGCGUUUGGAGGAUAGGUCGCAGCUCUUGGCAGAUAUUCAGAAUGUUAAGCCGACCCAUGUUUUCAACGCUGCUGGUGUGACUGGCAGACCCAAUGUUGAUUGGUGUGAAAGUCAUAAAACAGAAACAAUACGUGCCAAUGUUGCUGGUACUCUAAACUUAGCAGAUGUUUGCAGAGAGUAUGGGCUUUUGAUGAUAAAUUUUGCUACUGGAUGUAUAUUUGAAUACGAUGCUGCUCAUCCAGAAGGUUCUGGAAUUGGGUACAAGGAGGAAGACACGCCCAAUUUCACCGGUUCUUACUACUCAAAGACCAAGGCCAUGGUUGAGGACCUCUUGAAAGAAUACGACAAUGUAUGCACCCUCAGAGUCCGAAUGCCCAUAUCUUCAGACCUUAACAACCCGCGUAACUUCAUUACCAAAAUUUCUCGUUAUAAUAAAGUGGUCAACAUUCCAAACAGCAUGACCAUCUUGGAUGAGCUUCUACCCAUUUCGAUUGAGAUGGCAAAGCGGAACCUAAGGGGCAUAUGGAAUUUCACAAACCCAGGCGUUGUGAGUCAUAAUGAGAUUUUGGAGAUGUACAAGAAAUACAUUGAUCCCGAAUUUAAGUGGGCCAAUUUCACGCUCGAAGAGCAAGCAAAGGUUAUUGUUGCCGCUCGAAGCAAUAAUGAAAUGGACGCGUCGAAGUUGAAGAAGGAAUUCCCCGAGUUGCUACAUAUCAAGGAGUCAUUGAUCAAGUAUGUGUUUGAACCCAACAAGAAAAAUUCCGCGAUAUAAGCAUUUUAGAGCUUUAAACCACAUGGCUGAUAUGGUUUUUGAUUACCUUUACAAUCUGUUUUGAGCCGCCAUUUGUUCUCAGCUUUGAUGCAUUGUUUCUGUUAUCGGUGAAUUUAGAUAUAGCGAUCAGGAUUCAGGAUGGCCCUUAGAAGAUGUUUUUCUGUUCAAUGUUUUGUGUUUUCAUGAAUUUAGAUAGGCUCUUCAUAUAUUUGUAUCGUCUAUGAGUUUGUUCGGGUGUAACUUUUAGAUUCUAAUAUACAAAUCUUGUUGUUUUUUGAAC